AUGAAGGGACACAGCAAUUUAGUUUACCAGGAGAAGACAGAACAGAAUAAAGAUCACCCUCAGCUUGGAGAGGGAAGGCGUAAGCGUACAUAUCAGACCUUUACUCCCCUGUGUACGCCUCUCCUCACCGGGUCUGCAUCUGCUGGGCGCAUUGCAGAAAGCCGCAACUGCCGGACUGAGCCGCACACGGGAGACACCAUGGCAGCAAGCGCGAUGUCGUACACUGUGCCAGCGCUCCGUUCAUACCAAGACUUCGCCUCCUACGAGGCGGCAGGCGCCCGGGGCGGGAAGGGGGGGCGGUGGGAGGCCCACCGGCUCCUCGCUUCCCACAUCCCGCUGCCAACAGCGGUCGUGCAGACAUUGCUUCAGCAAAUGCAGGACAAAUUUCAAACCAUGUCUGACCAAAUAAUUGGAAGAAUUGAUGACAUGAGCUGUCGCAUAGAUGAUCUGGAGAAGAACAUAGCAGACCUCAUGACGCAAGCGGGAGUGGAAGAAUUGGAAGGCGAGAACAAGACCCCUGCUCCUAACAAGAGUUAA